GGGGGACUGACUGUGGGAGGACAGAAAGAAGGAGGUGAUUGUUGUUGGGGAGAAGGAAAACAUUUAAAAGGAGGCAGAGAGCAAGAGUAGGGAGCAAGUGGAGGGACGACGAGGUCGAAAGGAGCUCCUGACGUGUUCUGACAGAGUGGAAACUUUUUUUUUUGCAAGCAACAGACAGGAUGACAGCUGCCAUCAGGGACCUUCCUUUUCCCCUGCUGCUUCUCUGCCUGUAUUUCAUCAGCAGCUGCUCUCCGCUGCCAACGCCAUCACGAGUCCCAGGGACGAAACCUCAGAUUCUGAGGCCACGUGGGUCUUUGCCUGGGGACCUCUUUUUUCCCACGGAAGACUACGAUCAAACCGAGGACCCAGUCCCCCCUUUUUCAAAAACCACCGUGUCUCCACAUGGAAGGACUCUUCGGCGGUGCGACUACAAUCGGUGCCUCGAGGGUCAGAGGUCGUGUGCCUCGUUAGCGGCCUCCACCGGCUGCUUGUGCCCCGGCUUGUCUUUGCACGACGUCAGACCACGGACUCCUUACAAUACGUCAGUGUCAUGGAAUGGCUCAGAGGUCAUAGUUCACUGGUGCGCCCCUCUCUCCCACGUGACAGCUUACGCCGUGACCGUCGGGAACCACGAGAGGCGUCGCUUUGGGAAGGACCAAAGAAGCGGCGGCGUGGGCGACGUGGAGGACUCCGCAGAGGUGUGCGUGUUUGCGGUGAACGACAGUGGAGACAGCGACGGGUCGUGCGUGACGUACCAUCCCAGGAGCAACAGUCGGCCUCUGACGGCAGGACUCAUCGGAGGAGCUCUGGGCCUCCUGCUGCUCCUCUUGUUGGUCGUGUUGUUCUGGAGGCACAAGAGGCAGCGGAAGCAGGAGGCCAGCGUCUCCACCAACGAGACACUGUGACCGGAAAACAGAGGCGCACACACACACACAGAGAUAAGACUCUCGUCCCAUGAGACUUUGCAGGGUUGUUGCAGUUAAUUAACUUCGACUCAUCAUCUCACAUACAGGUUCUUUUACAGUAAGUAGAGAGUUACUGUGUAAUCUUACAAAACUUCUUUGGAUAAGCUUUGUUUUUAAACGGGUGAAACUCAGACAUGUUGAUUUAAUCCAGUAGAAAUUAAACGGUUUAUACUGGGAGGGAAAAAAAAGCACUAAAUGAAUGAAUGAUAUAGAAUAUAUACUGUAGACGCAGUCCAAUCUUUUGGAAACACAAAGCCCAUUUACAGCUCUCUGUGAGAGUUCCUUAUUUUAUGUAUUUAAGUAAAGUGCGUUAAAGGAAUGGAUAUGUUGUGUUUCAUCCUUUUCUUUAGAUUUAAAACCACUGCACAUGUUUGUUCAAGUGUCUAACGUGUACUUCUUUUGGAUGGGUGUGUUUUUCCAUCCGUCUUGUAGUCGGAAGUUGUGUCAGAACACGAGCGCUCGGUGCUGUUUUCCCAGCUGUCAUACAAUAGCCUUUCAGCGGAUAUGGAUUUUGUGAACCUCUUCUUAUUCCACACAUCCAUCUCUGAGCUGGUGAGAAGCUUCAGGCUGGGCUUCUUUUUUUUGAUUUAUUCUAUGAUGAAAAGAGAAGAAAGUCCAAUGUUUAAAUCCUGCCAGUUUAUCUCAUGUUCUAGCCUCUAUCUGCAUGUCUCAGAGCCACGGUUUGAUUCCAUUUCGCGUUCGAGUUCUCCCACAGCUGCUGGCGUUUUCUCUCCGACUCCAGCGUACAGAAGUCAUCCAACACAUGUAACAUGGAGACACACAACACUGUGUUGAUUUCGGUCUGAAGGUGUUGCUUGUAUGGCACAUACUGUACAGUGUGCGCAGUUGCCUUGAAACUGGAAUGGAAACG